AAAUUCCAAAUGACCUCUCGACAUCCCCAACAGGCAAAAGCCCACACGACAUUUCCAACCACCAACGGUCACCACUCUCUCUCUCCCUCUCUUCUCGCAUGAAAUAUACAUACAUAAUCAAAAUACUUCUUGUGAGAGAGAGAGAGUGGGGAUUUAAAAAAUGGGCAUGCAACUACGGUCUAGCUAUUCCCGUAUUCAUCAAAAUGGUUCAAUGAUACCACCAGCAACAUCAUCUACAUCUUUGCGUUCAUUUGCUCCAGCAAUUUCAUUGCUAUUCAAGAACCAUUCAAUUCAAACCAAAGAUGUUGUUUUGGAGAGCUCUCUUGGUUGCAGCAUAGGAGGACCAAGAAGAAGAAGAGAAUAUGGGGUGGUGGCAUCAAGCUCAAGCAACGUGGCUGCACCAUUUUGGGAUGGUUGGAAACCUCUGAAGGGCCCUGCAGCUCCUUCCCUUAGCGACAUUGUCUGGCCUUCUGCAGGGGCAUUUGCAGCAAUGGCAAUAUUGGGCAAGAUGGAUCAGAUUUUGGCCCCAAGAGGAAUCUCAAUGACAAUUGCACCUUUGGGGGCUGUUUCUGCUGUUCUCUUUGCAGCUCCCUCCUCACCUGCUGCUCGGAAGUACAAUAUGUUCAUGGCUCAAAUUGGUUGUGCAGCAAUUGGUGUUCUUGCUUUCUCUAUAUUUGGGGCAGGAUGGCUUGCUAGGAGCACUGCCCUGGCUGCUUCAAUUGCCUUCAUGAUUUACACAGGUGCAACUCAUCCUCCAGCUGCAAGUUUGCCUCUUCUGUUCAUUGAUGGAGCUAAGUUGCACCACUUAAACUUUUGGUAUGCUAUGUUUCCUGGCGCUACUGGAUGCAUUCUCCUUUGUUUGAUUCAAGAGAUGGUGUUAUACUUGAAGGACAACUUCAAAUUUUGAUGUAUAAACAAUUCUGUCACAUAAAUGUCGUUUAAGUUUAUGCGGCCCUUUCAAAGUUCAAUCCAUAAAGCCUGACGAAAGGUGGUGAAAGGCCUAGUCAGCCUUAUCAUGUGCUCCGAGUGUAUCGUCCAAAUUCUUCUUCUAGAGAAUGGCUCAUAGGGUGGAAAAUUGAAGCUUGUGGAUAGUAUGACUAUAUAGAGUUGGCAACCUUUGUCAUUAGAAGGUUGGGAUUGACAUUAUUGGAGAUUCAAGUCCUCAACUGGUUGAUUUUGUUGAGGAAUAUCAGUAUUGUGUCUAAAUUUUUUUGUCAGAUCCUAUCGGGGUUACACGUUGUUAACACCUUUAUGGGUUAUUAUACGGAGGACUUGUGAUUAUUUUAGCUAAAUCACAAUUAAACUUGAAGUUGCUUAUUCACGCUUCUUUGCCUUUCUUUGUUUGGUAUUUGUUACAGAUAGUGAUUUCAUGUUCUGAAUUCUAAGUAACACUGAUCUCUACUAUAGGGUUUCUUGGAGACUUGUAGUAUAAAUUCAUUGUAAAACCUUAUUUUUUAUAAGAGUAGAAUUCUCAUUCACUCA